AUUAAAUACCUUAAUGUACGCAAAAAUAAUCGAGUAUAUUUCUUGUGAAAACCGAAAUCUGUUAUAUUUCUUUAAAUUAGUGUGUUUAUUUGUGAAUACUUGUAACUUAUUAUGGAAACAUGGUAUUUCGCCUAAAACAAAAUGUCUUCUGAAAAUUGCUUAGUUAAAGCAAUAUAUUCAUUCAAGGGUAAAAAUAAUGAUGAGUUAUGCUUUAAAAAGGGUGACAUUAUUACUGUCACCCAAAAAGAAGAAGGAGGAUGGUGGGAAGGCACGCUAGGGGAAACUACAGGAUGGUUUCCUAGCAACUAUGUGACGGAACACAAAGAUCCAUCCGGUUCACUGACUACAUCACCCAUACGAGCAGCUUCUGAAAUUCAAGCUUUUCGAAAUGUUGUUCUCAAGGAUAUAAUUGACUCGGAGAAAGCUCAUGUUGCUGAAAUGCAAGGUCUUGUCAGAAACUUCCUUCAGCCCCUGGAAAAAAGUGAUAUGUUGACAAAAGAUGAGUUUAAGCAACUGACUGGAAACAUAACUGAAGUUCUCCAAAUACAUGAACAGUUCCUCGCACUGUUAGAAGAAUGUGCCACCAAAACAGGACCAGAUCAAAGAGUUGGAGGGCUGUUUCUACAUUGGGCACCUAAAAUAAAAGCUGUUCAUCAAACAUACUGUGCAGGUCAUCCAAAGGCUGUGUGUAUUCUUGAUAAAUAUAAAGAAGAUUUGAAUACUUGGAUGGAAAAUGCUGGAGCAGUGUGUCCUGGUGUGCUUGUAUUGACCGCUGGUCUCUCAAAACCUUUUCGACGGCUGGGGAAAUACCCAGCGAUGUUACAAGAACUUGCAAGGCAUGUGCAUGAAGCACAUCCCGAUAGAGGUGACACUCAUCGAGCUUCUGUUGUUUAUAAGGAUAUUGCUAGUGGAUGUGCAGCUUUAAGAAGACAAAAAGAAUUAGAGUUACAAGUAGUGACUGGUGAGGUGCGAGGAUGGCCUGGCGGUGAGUUGGCCUCAUUGGGAGAUGUACUGCAUAUGGGAAGUGUAGCAGUCGGACCAUCACAUCAGGAUAGAUAUCUUGUUCUAUUUCCUUCUGCUUUACUGUUGCUGUCUGUUAGUAAGAGAGUUUCUGCAUUUGUAUAUGAGGGAUGUCUUCCGUUGACUGGUAUUACAGUGUGUAAGCUAGAUGAUACUGAUAUCAGAAAGAAUGCAUUUGAAAUAAGUGGACCAAUGAUUGACACAAUAGUUGCUGUAUGUCAAACAAAAGCUGAGUCUGAUAACUGGGUUAGCCUGUUGCAAAAACACUCCAAUAUAAACAGCCCUACUCAUGAACCAAACCAGCCUCAAUCCCUACCACAUAUGGCCUUGAGCGACAGCAGUAAUGAGUUAUCGUCCGGUCUUACGAACCAUAAAAGAUCACAUUCAUUUAACAAUCAUCAAAGCUACACGCAACACACGCAGCAAACGCAGAAGAGUAAACAAAAAAAUCAAUCGGCGCGCUGGCUUUUAAAUUCCUGCGAUUCGCUUGAUCAGUCACCUGCUAAAUCAAAUAAAGUGCCCAUUGGAAAGAAGUUCUCCUCUGUCGAUUUCAUCGACACAACUGGCUCAAGUUAUAGCAGUAAAGGAUGGAGUGUAACGUGCCUGCGGCCGGCGCCCCCGCUGCGGCCGCAGUCGUUCUCGGUGGGCUCGGACGAGAACAUCGGCCCCACGCACCCGUACGCUCCGCACCAGAGGAAGUCCAACUCGUAUGAAGAAGACGCGCUUAUCCUAAAAGUCAUCGAAGCGUAUUGCACUUCGGCACGGUGCAGGAACGCUGUCAGUUCCGUGGACUGCGGCCACUUUUCUCUCGGUAAAGUACAAUAUCACGCACACGCCACUAACAAACCGCAUAACUAUACUAAAUCGGCCGUCGGCGCGAGGAGCGUAACGCCGGAAUACGCCGGCUGCAGUAAACCGUCGAAGGUGAAGCGCAACAAGAGCUCGUCCGCGGCGGACACGUAUCUGUACCGGCCGCCGGAGACGCGGCGCCUGCUGGCCGAGCGCAAGUUCCACCUCAACCGCUCCAACCCGAACCUGCGGGACUGCGCGCAGGAGCGCGGGCACAGGCUGCGGGCGGGCGAGCGCCGCAGCGGCUCGCACCCCAGCCUGGCCCCGCUCCGGCACCCCCCCGCGCCCGCGCCCCCCUCCCCGCCCGCGCCCCCCUCCCCGCCCGCGCGCUCCACCCGCUCCUCCACGUGGUGCUGCGGCUCCUUCGUCAAGCAGCUCACCAAGUCGCACCACUUCGACUGACAGUGACCCGCCGUGUGCUCGCUCACGUGAUCCCGAGACUCGGCUUUCCGCUCCCGUCGCUAACUUCGCCCUCCCGCGAGCCAAGCGUGCGUGGUUGACCAAUCGUGGUGCUCCGCUUUUUAUUUCAUCUCGUUCACUAACAGCAUCUCACUUCAUCGCUCAUUGUGUAUUUCGUUUCAUGGGGUGUGUUUGACGUGCAUGUUUCUUUCGAGUGCCAUUAUACGAAAUUCCUAUGUAUAUUGAAGAAUGCGACGACGAGUCCCCAGUGUCGAUAGAAGCUUUAGUAAGAUCGCCGUCAUUGCCCAUUCACUCCACAUCCAAUCACGGCUCCCCGAGUUUGUGGACUAUUGUUAUGAGAUUA